GCGGGCGGACGGACGGACAGACGGACGCGCGUGCGCGGCGUUGCCAUGAAACCCGGCGAUGGGGCCGCGCUGAGGGACAAGCUGAAGCUCGAAACAUCGUUGUGUUGACUGGCUGGCCUCACAGGAUGCCCCACAAGAUCGGGUUUGUGGUGGUGAGCUCGUCGGGACACGAAGAUGGCUUCAGUGCCAAAGAGCUGAUGGUUCAUGCACCAACGGUGAAUGGAUGGCGAUCGCCCAGACUCUGUCAGUAUCCACAGGAAAUUGUUCUGCAGCUGGUGGAGAGAUGUCGAAUACGAAAACUGCAGUUGCUUGCUCACCAGUACAUGAUUUCAAGCAAAAUUGAGUUCUACAUCAGUGAAAGCUUGCCUGAAUACUUUGCUCCUUAUCAGUCAGAGAGGUUUCACAGACUAGGUUAUGUCCCUCUCUCAGACAAUGAAAAGACUGAUUUCAAAGCACGAGAGUUAAAAUCGGUGUAUAUGGAUGCAGUUGGCCAGUACCUGAAGCUGAUUUUCCAUAAAAAUUAUGUCAAUAAAUACAACUUAUAUGGUCAGGUUGCCCUGGUAGCUAUAAACAUCAUUGGGGACCCAGCAGACUACAGUGAUGACAGCAAUAGCACCUCUUCCAGAGAGAAGCUGAUAGACCACUACUUAGGAAUUAAAUCAGAUGAUCCUGCUUUGGAUGGAACUUACCUUGGGAAACCUGACGCCAUUUCACCUCUGGAUGAUCUGGCUUUUGACAUGUACCAGGACCCAGAAGUUGCUCAGAUCAUCCGCAGACUGGAUGAGAAGAAGCGCGAAGCCGCCCAUCACGAACGCUACGACUACGCCAAGAAACUCAAACAAGCCAUCGCCGACCUGCAGAAGGUCGGGGAGCGGCUGGGCCGGUACGAGGUGGAGAAGCGCUGUGCUGUGGAGAAAGAGGAUUAUGAUCUUGCUAAAAAGAAGAAGCAGCAAAUGGAAGCCUAUCGCCUCAAGGUCUACCAGCAGCUGGAGCUCCACGACCUGCUGGAUGCAGAGCUGAUGAUUCAAAAGCCACCUGAAUUGCCUUUGGAGUCUAUGAUUUAUCCUGACAACCCUCAGCGCACAGAAGCUACAAAUUCACCUCCCUCUGAGCGCACAGAACCACAAAAAGGAGAGACGUGGAAGGCAGAGCCUUUGCUAGAAGAGAAGCCAACAGCACAUCCCCUUUCUGCUCAGCCCGUUGCUCCCCAUCCGUCCCCUCCUCCCGUGGCUCAUCCCACAACCUCCAGGGAAGUGUUUCUCAAAAAAAAUGUUGAACUUUUACCUUAUGAUGAGAGACCUCUUCCAGCUCUCUGCAAACAGCCUGCUGAAGCAGUUGCCUACCUGGAGCCACCGGUGGCUGCAGAGGACAUCAGUGACACCCCGAGAAGUGGCAUCACUGGGGAGCCAGAACCGCUGACAGAGAAGGCUCUGAGGGAGGCCAGCCCUGCUAUUGAGGUGUUUGGAGAAGCUUUGGUUUCAGGAGCAUAUUCCAAAACGUGGUCCUAUCGAGAAGAUGCCUUACUGGCUGUAUAUAAGAAGCUGCUGGAAGUGUCAGUAAACACCCCAAAGGAUGAUUUAAAGAACAUGCUGAGGGCUGCCAUCUUUCUUGUGAGGAGGGCAAUCAAAGACAUAGUAUCCUCAGUUUUUCAAGCUUCCCUGAAACUUUUAAAAAUGAUCAUUACGCAGUACAUACCAAAGCAUAAACUAGGAAAGCCAGAAACUUGUCAUUGUGUGGAAAAAACACUUCCAGAUUUGCUGUCUAGAACAGGAGACUCUUCAUCGCGGCUUCGCCUUCUGGCUUCUAACUUCAUUCGGGAAAUGGCACUGUGUAGUGAAGUUAAACCUCUUCAGAUCAUCCCAGUUCAUCUGGUUCAACCCUUAAAACCCAACGCCCCCACACACGUGGCGAUGAGUCAGGUGGAGUUGGUGGAACGUCUCCUGAAGGACCUGGGAACGGAGAACUCUGGCUUCACCGUCAGCAACGUCAUGAAGUUUGCAACAGGAGCUUUGGAGCACAGAGUUUAUGAGGUUCGGGAUGUGGCGUUGCGGAUUAUCUUCGACAUGUACCGGAGGCACAGGGCUGCUGUUCUGGAGUAUCUCCCUCCCGACACCGCCAGCAUUCGCAAGACUGUUCUCUAUAAAACACUCUUUGAUGGAUUUACUAAAAUAGAUGGUAAACUUUCUGAAGCUGAGCUCAGGAUACAGAGAAAGGCAGCGACAAAAGAAGCAGAGAAACAGAAGAAGGAAGAAAUAAAAGUCCUGCAAGGACAGCUGGCAGCUCUGAGGGAGAUACAAGCAGAAGUUCAAGCUGGAAAGGAGAAAGAAUCGGAUUUUCACAAGCCAAAGUAUCAAGGGUACCAGGUAAAUGAAAGCCCACCGACUGCAGCAGCAGAGAUUCCAGAUAAUCACUACUCUGUCACAAAUUACUUGGAUAAUUUAUGUAUUUUUUGUGGUGAAAGGGACGAAUCCUUCACAGAGGAAGGUUUGGAUCUCCAUUACUGGAGACACUGCCCGAUGCUGACCAGAUGUGAGCACUGCAAACAGGUGGUGGAAAUCGCCAGCCUGACCGAGCACUUGUUGAUGGAUUGUGAUAAAAAGGACAAUUUUGGGAAAUGUCAGCGAUGCAGCGAGGCCCUGCCAAAAGAGGAGUUGCCCAAACAUAUUAAGAGCAAGACUUGCAAUUCUGCCAAACCAGAGAACGUGGCAAACCAUUGCCCCCUGUGCCAUGACAACUUUCCCCCAGGAGAGGAGGCCUGGAAGUCUCACCUAAUGGGCAUCAAUGGCUGUAAAAUGAAUCAACGGAGGUUUUCCACAAUGAAUAAAACUCUUCUGGUGCAGCCUGGCAAAGUAGGUGGCCAGUAUUUAAAGAAAACGGGUCCUUCAGGAGCAAAAUCUCGAUCUCCCUCUAUAGGAAGCAAGAUCCCAACCCCGAGAGGGGGUCCAAAUAAAAGCACUGGCAAAACAUACUCAAAGCGAUGACAGGACAAGUAUUUUUUCCUUUGUCUUAAUAACUGGACAUAUAGUUGUUAAUAGUUAUUUAAAAAUUGUGGACAACUUGUCAUCUUUUUUGUUUGACUCCUUGGGGCUGUUGAUCAGCCUUGAGCGGU